AAAUAGUUUAAAGUGCGUAAAACUUGUAAACUUUGGAUUGCAUUUCAUGCUUUUGGAUCGGUUUAGCUGCAUUAAGUGAAGGAGAAAAGAAGCUGCUGCACUUGAAAGGAAAAGAAGUCGAAUGCAUGUACAGUGAAUGUUUGUUCUAUUAAAUGUGCAUAAACAUUCUUCAAGCUCAACUUUAAUUAUGCGUUAAACAAUUUGCAAAGGAAAGCCGUGUCUAACCUCACAAAAACCGUCGGCAAAAAAAAAGAGAAACACAAGCGUAAAACGCGACGGCGAAAAAACGUAACAAAAUACGUAUGUAGAGAUGCUCGACUAGCGAUUGCGAUGACUGCGAACUGCGCUGGCGACUGGCGACAACACUGGCAGCAAUAAGUAAUAAGCAACAAGCUAAACUUGACAGCAGCAGCUGAUGAGGGAUGAUUGCUUCACACACACACUCGCACACAAAGGGUGGCUGCUGCUGUGGACCAAUCAGCGAGCAGCUGGCGAGUGAGAUAGCUAGUUGAGAGAGAAGAAACAAAAUGGCUAACGCCAAACGGAAGUUGCACUUGUCACUGUGUGCGAGCGAGACGGCAGCAGAGUUACUGAUUUAAUCACAGUUAAAUGAGAUGUUAACGGUGCGGGAGUGAGAGAGAGAAAGAAAGAGAGAGAGAGAGAGAGUGGGAGGCAAGGUGGAAGAGGUGGAAGAAGUGGAAGCUGUGUGGACUGCCGGCUGUGCACGCUAAACUCUAACGUUUACAGCAACAAAUCGCGUAAUUCACUUGUGCAUCCACGAGUGUGUGCGUGUGUGUGUGUGCGUUAUCCUGACGCUGUCGCAGUCAGCGCUGCGCUAAAAGGAUUAAUAAACGUUCGCAUUUCAGUUGUUCAUUUGACUUUGCGCUUAACGGUUCAGCUGCCAGCGUCAUCAGCGACAAAUUCAAUUAACAAUAAAUUCCAACAAAAUUCAACAACAUUUUUUUUCGUUGCCUUCGCGUUUGUUCUACAUUUGCUUUUUUUCAAAGUGUUUUGUGCUUUAUUAAAUAGCAUAUAAAUCAUAAUUAAUAAACUCAAGUGCAAUAUGUUCACGAUCCUGUUUUAAAUCUACCUUCAAAGUUUGAAAGUUUUCGACGUUCAACACAAAAAACGACAAAUUCAAUUUGGACGAUAAAAUGCAAAGCUCGAAAUCGUUUUUAAUACGCGAUCUACUGGGAGACCUCAUCAAUCGACGACAAACGGACUCGGAAAUCGAGCUAUCGAACGAUGAGUCGGACAUUGACAUCGAGGAUCGCUCGACGCCAGACUCGACAGCGAACGGAUGCCGAGAACGUGAUCGGGAUCGGGAUCAGGAGCUGUUGCUGCAUCACUCGCAUUCGCACUCGCAUCACUACAACCACAACGACGAGUCGAGCGUAGAGUCCUGCGGCACGGCGACGCCAGGACCUCCAGGAGCAGGAUCGAACGCUGGCCUCAGUGCAGCGGCUGCUGCAGCGGGAAUGGCAGCUGGACUUUUGGCAGCAGCUGCAGCCGGAGACAAUGGCGGCGGACCGGGAGGAGGCGGUGGCAACUUAGGGGGCGGCGGUGGUGGGAGUGGCAGCUAUGCAGAGCACAAGCUGCAGCUGAGCAAGAGCGGAAGGAAGCCGCGACGACGACGCACAGCGUUCACGCACGCUCAGCUCGCGUAUCUGGAGCGCAAGUUUCGAUGCCAAAAGUAUCUCAGCGUCGCCGAUCGCAGCGAUGUCGCUGAAACCCUCAAUCUAUCGGAGACACAGGUCAAGACCUGGUACCAGAAUCGACGCACCAAAUGGAAGCGACAGAAUCAACUGCGUUUGGAGCAGCUUCGUCAUCAGGCCACGCUUGAGAAGGACUUUGUGGUGCAGGAGAAUGGCGGGGCGGAGGCGGGGGGGCUCGGUUGCUGCCCCAGCGGCUUGUCCAGUUCGUUCAGCGCCGCUGCAGCUGCGGCAGCUGCGGCAAGCAAUCCGUGCAACUUCUUGACCUCGGCUGCUGCGGCGGCAAUAUUCCGCAACGUUGGCUACGUUCACGGCUGUCCCAUGUAGACAGCCGCAUCCCUCCCCCUCCCCCUCCACCUCCCUCUCCACCUCUCACCUGGCCAAUGCUUGCCACAUGCCACAUGCUGCAUGCCACAUUGAGUCGACGCCUCUCCACAAACGCUUG